UAUAAACCCCAUAUAUGGUGGAAACCACUUCAAGCCAUGGGAUGCUACCCAGCACCCCUAGUUCCAGCACCUAUAGCUAGGAUCCAGUGGGUGUGUGCGUCACACUGGGGAAGAAGUAGGGUCUGGGAUCCAGUGGAAUGAAUGGGUCACAUGGGGAGGGGAUGGGAUCCAGUGGAAGGCACAGGUCACACUGGGGAGGAAAGAGGGGCUGGGAUCGAGUGGGGGUGUGGGUCCCACUGGGGAGGAAGAAGAUGCUGACAUCAGGAUCCAGUGGAUGGUGCGGGUCACUCGGGGGGUGGGAUCCAAUAUGGGAAGAGUUGCACAGGUUUAGCAUGGGGUCAUUGGGAUCCAGUGGGGUGGCCCUAUGGAAGGAGAAUUAGGGGACUGAGCAGACUCUCAUGGGAAGAAUGGGUUCCAGGUGGGGACUAGGUUAUGCUGGAGGAGAGAGUGGAUUAUUGAAGAGGGCUGGGAUGCAGUAGGGGGUGUCAUUGUGCAUGGAUUGGGGGCAGGAGGCCAGACCCAUAGAAGGAUCGAUGGGUUCUCUAUUCCUGCAGGGUGGGGUGCAGCUUGGUCUGUUGUUCUGAGGGCCCCUCUUCCAUAGCAAAGGAUGUCUGGUUAUUAAUCAGCCCCUGUGCCCUGCCCCCCGCCCCUGAGGUGGCUGCAUCUUGGUACCUGGUGCAUUGGUUAUAAACCACUUUGGGAUCUUUUGCAAUCUGGCGUGUCCAUCUUGGAAUCUUUCAGCCAGUGAGUCAGGACUCCCGGGUUCCCUCCCUGGCUCUGGGAGAGGAUCCCUGGCUCUUCAACCCCCCUGUAGCUGGUGCCUUAAAGGCCCCACGCAGGCUCCAGUGGGAGUGACCCUCCCCCUUCCUUUUUCCUGCUGCCGGAUGGCCCUGCAACCAUCCCGUGUGGGGCAGCCAGCAGACGGGGAUGAAGGGACAACUGAGCAGCUGGGCUCCCAGGGUCACUGGAGAGGCUGGGAAGGAGGGAAUCUGGAGCUCUGCCCAGGCCCAGCCAUGGAGGUGAAGGCAGAGGUGCCCCGGCUGGAGUACAUCGCCGUCUCGCUGAAGUGCGAGGCAGAGGAACCAGUGCCAAUUGCAGCCUGUGCCCAGCUCUGUGCCCCCGUGGGUGGCCUCGCCCCCGGGGUCAAGCUGGAGGAGGCUGACAAGGAGCCUCUAGACAGAGGGGGAGCACCAGCAGAGGCAGGGCCCGGUAGGGCCUGGCAGCAGGAGUACUUAGUGGGAGACUGCCCGGGGCGCGGCGGGGCCGUGUGCAUGGUCUGUGGCACCUUCCUGGGUACCUGUGGGCCGAGUGCUGCCCGGGAGCAUGUUCUGCAGCACCACGCCCACUCGCUGAGCCUCAGCCCGGAGGAGAAGCGCAACAUUCUGGAGGCGUGGAGCCAGGGGGGCAACCUGCCCGAGGGGGCACCCCCACCCUGCACCCCAGGUCAGUACCAUGGGGCCAGGGAACCGGCCGAGAUCGAGGUUCUAAUUGACCCAGAGGAGCAGACGGUGACCCGGAAACGUGGGCAGCCCAGAGGGCGCCCUGCCCCCCGCCCAGAUGCUAGGGCCCCGGAGCCUGGGCAGCGCCCGCGGGGCCAGAGGAGACGACAGAGCGUGGGGCCUGUGGAGGGCAUGGCGCUACCAGCCAGGGAGCGGAGGAGCAAGCAGCUGAGUGAGGGACGGGACAGGGGCACCGUGAGUCCAGGGACAACGUCCCCCUCAGAGGAGGCUGCCCCCAGCUCAGCGCCCCCCGAAAUCCGCCUCUUCACUGACGGUUCUUUCCCAGCCGGAUUCACGCUCAGGCUGUACUGCAGACCCCAGUCAGCUUCUGGAGGGAGAGAAAUAAGGAAGAAUCCAAGCAUCCAGGAACGGAAAAGCCCAGGGGACAGGGGCAAAACCCAGGCACUGGGGAAGAGACAGAAGCAGCUGGGCAAAGCAGGGACCGUGAGACGGGGCGCAGGGAACCCAGUUGGCAACUGCCCCGUCUCUGCGCUGCCCAGCCAGGAUCUGGACCCAGGUGUCCCCCGCCUCCGCCGCAAGGGCUAUUCUCACCAUGGCAUCACCCGGCGCCUCCGCCUGAGCCCCAGCACUGUCCGCUGCACCCUGCAGAGCUGGCAGGCGCGGGGCAAGGCCCCAGCAGCACCCUCCCCACCCCAGGCCAAGCCCUUUGACCCAGCAUGGCGUGCCGACUUCCUGAUGGACUACGAUGCCGGUGCUGGCACCAUGGUGUGCAUGGUCUGCGAGUACUCACUGCUGCCUAUUCGAUUAGGCACUGUCAUGCGCCACAUCCGCCAGUGCCAUGCCGAGACCCUGCACCUGCCUCGGGGGGUGCGCCGGGCCAUUCGUGAGGUGUGGGAGACCCGGGGACCCGUCCCCGCUCCACCCCAGCAUGGGGCACUGAAGGGGGAAUAGCGACCCAGGGACCUGCCCCUGCUCCACCCUAGCACUGGGCGCUGCAGGGGAAGGAGUGAGGCUGAGGGGGGCAUAGGGACCUGUCCCCACUCCACCCCAGCAUGGGGCGCUGAAGAGGGAAUAGCGACCCAGGGAUCUGCCCCCGCUCCACCCCAGCACGGGGCGCUGCAGGGAAAGGAGUGAGGCUGAAGGGGGAACGGGGACCUGGGGACCUGUCCCUGCUCCACCCCAGCACAGGGCGCCACAGGGGAGGCUGCCCACAUACUGCCGGGGGUGACCUGCGGGGGGGCAGGAGCAUCUUGGGGGGGUGAGGUAGGACGCUCCCGAUCGACCCAGCCAUACAGGGAUACUGAGACACACCCCCAACCCUCCCCACUAUAGGUGUCCCCUACCCUAUGGAAUUGGCCUUUGAUCUCUGCCUCCUUUGUCCAGCAUUCUCCCUCCAUGCCUGGGGGGAUCCAGCGCCUCCUUGCCCCCUGGCACUGUUCCCCUCAAAAUACCUGUCCUUGUGCCCCCUGCCAGUGGGGGCAGGGAGUGCUGGGGCACAGUGCCAACUGGCCCUCCCUAAGCUGCAUUAUAGCCCCAACUGCAGGGGGCAGCAAGCUCCCAUCUCUCCCACUCCACCCUUGCCUAGGCAGGGGUGGGAUGAAUGCCCCCUGCAAUUACCCAGAGCAGCCACAUGAGGGCACCCCCACAGAAUGUAAAUAGAGCCAGGAGCAAUAAAUUAUUUUUGAUGAAGUCGA